AUGUCAUCCUCCCCAGAUGCCCCAAUAAUCCUCUCCACCCAAGGCAAAAUCGCCAUCAUAACCCUCAACCUCCCCAAAAAGCUCAAUGCCUUGACUCAAGACCUCUACUACGAAUUGGCGAUGAUCCUCCGGACCGUCGCCGAGAAGCCCGAAAUCUACAUCACGAUCCUCACUGGCCGAGGGCGCUUUUUCUCAGCCGGCGCAGACGUCACCCAAUCCACCGUCGGCACCGGCACCGACAUCCGGCGCUCCUCCCUCCAAACCUUCGUCGCCAACAACCUCGACGUCACGAACGCCUUCUAUACACACCCGAAGAUCCUGAUCACGGCGCUCAACGGGCCCGUGGUCGGCCUCUCCGCCGCCUUAAUCGCCUACUCAGACUUCAUCUACGCGCACCCCUCUACUUUUCUCCUCACGCCAUUCACGAGCUUAGGCCUCGUGGCUGAAGGCGGGGCAAGUUAUGAAUUCGUCCGCAGACUUGGGGUGGCGAAGGCGAACGAGGCGCUCAUCAUGAGUAAGAGACUUAGUGUGGAGGAGUUGGUUGGGGUGGGGUUUGUGAAUAAGGUGUUUGAUGCUGAAGUGGGGACGGGGACCGGGGGUGGGGAGGGGCAGUUUUUGGGGAAGGUGAUGGAGGAGGUGGAGGAUAGGUUGGGGGCGCAUCUGAAUGAUGAGAGUUUAGUGAGAGUGAAGGAGUUGAUUCGACGGCCGCAUCGGGAGAUUCUCGAUAAGGCGAAUUUUGAGGAGGUUAUGGGGGGUUUGAGACGGUUUAGUGAGGGGGUGCCGCAGGAGGAGCUGGCGAGGACGGGGAGGGGGGAGAAGAGGCACAAAUUGUGA